AUGUCUUCCAUCUCACAGGCCAUUAAAAAUGCCCUUCAUCGGGGCAAGGGAGGUGCAAAGGGCAACGAAGAGACGAAAAAGGCUGCUCCUGCCGCUCCAGCUGUCCCUCAACAUCACGCUAAAUCAGAUCCCACCGUAAUGGCUCAUCAAGCACACCAAGUUCCUGGAGGUGAUGCAUAUUCAGGGGCAAACGAAGAUAAUAGAAAUAGAGGAGCUCAAGCUGCAAAUCAAGCUGCACAUGCAGCAGGUCAACAACAAAUGGCAGGACAAUCUAGCUCGACGAGGCAGGACGAACUGGCAAGACUAGUGGCCGCCUCGAAUGAGAAUAGCAACCGUUUGCCAAGAUAUCCUGGACUUGAAAGAUGGUCACUUAUCGAGAAGAUGGGUGAUGGGGCAUUCAGCAAUGUUUACAAGGCCAGAGACUUGGAAGGCCAAGUUGGAGAGGUGGCCAUCAAAGUUGUCCGCAAAUAUGAGAUGAACUCCAAUCAGGCAGAUGCUCAUCUUCAUCCGAACUUCAACAAGAAGCAACCCAAGGGCGUGGAGAGACAAAAUAUUCUUAAAGAAGUUUCCAUUAUGCGUGGUCUAGAUCAUCCUAACAUUAUAAAACUCAUCGAGUUUUCCGAGUCAAAGCAAUAUUAUUAUCUUGUUUUAGAGUUGGCACCUGGCGGAGAAUUAUUCCAUCAAAUCGUCCGCCUUACUUACUUUAGUGAGGACUUGUCAAGACAUGUUAUUAGACAAGUUGCAGAAGCGUUACACUAUCUUCAUGAAGAAAAAGGUGUCGUCCACAGGGACAUCAAACCAGAAAACAUUCUGUUCGAGCCAAUACCGUUCAUUCCAACCAAGAACCCGAGACCAAAAUCUGCUGAAGAUGAAGACAAGGAAGAUGAAGGUGAAUUUAUCAAGGGUGUUGGAUCAGGUGGUAUUGGAAGGAUCAAGAUUGCCGAUUUUGGUUUGAGUAAAAUCGUAUGGGAUACUCAAACCAUGACACCAUGUGGUACCGUAGGAUAUACAGCGCCAGAGAUUGUCAAGGACGAACGAUAUUCCAAGAGUGUUGAUAUGUGGGCAUUAGGUUGCGUUCUUUAUACCUUGCUCUGCGGUUUCCCACCAUUUUACGACGAAAGCAUUCAGGUUUUGACUGAAAAGGUUGCAAAGGGUCAAUACACAUUCCUCUCGCCAUGGUGGGAUGAAAUUUCCAAGCCAGCACAAGACCUUGUCUCACACUUAUUAACUGUGGAUCCCAAAAAACGAUAUACAAUCGAUCAAUUCCUUCAACACCCCUGGAUCAAGGGUUCCGAGGAGCCUACAUACGCAGCACUUGAUGCUCCACCAUUGGCUACUCCAGCCGUUGAACGCCAACGCCAAUUGGGUGGUGGCUUGCGAGCCUUCAACCCUGAUCUCUUGGAGUCUCCCGGAGCAGGCAGGCGUAUGGAUUUCCGAAGUCCCGGUGCUGUCAAUUUACGGGAAGUCUUUGACGUCGGUUAUGCUGUUCACAGACAAGAAGAGGAAGCCAAACGAAAGAAGAAUUUCAAGCAAGGUUAUAGAGGAACUGCCGCCCUGAACCCCCUCAACCCCAUCGAUGAUGAAGAUUUCGAUGAGAGCGACGAGGAGAACUACGAUGAGAACGGAGUGCCUUCAAAGGCACCCAAAUCUGGGCAGUCAGAUGUUGCACAAGUCGGUGAUGCAUUGCGAAAUACAAAGUUGAAUCCAAAAUCCGCAGCCCCAGCUAAAGGUUAUGGGCAGCACAGUGCUCAGGUAACUGCAUCUGCAAAGAGAGAUAUCAAACCAAGGAACGGCGCCUUCGAACUCAAUCUCGAUGGAGCAACUCUACUUGGUCGACGUCACAAACAACCACCGCCAAGUAAUCUGAGGGAGUCAAUGGUUGCGCAAUAG